GGCUGUGAUUUUUCGUUCACCACCACGACACUGUUUACUCAGAAUAGAGAUUAUAUUCUAUUUCUCUCUCCUUAAUUCCCUUCGUUUCUCUCUCUUCGCCAUUCAUUUUCCUCCAACUUGUUGGUCUCUCUGUCUCUCUCUCUCUAGGAUCCCUUCCUUACCAUUCUUUACUUCUCCCCUUUUACUUGACCCCUUCAAGUUGAAGUGAUCAUUUAGUUAUCCUCUAAAGCAGUAUUUUGCUGGUGAUUUUCAUCUGCAAUGGAGUUCUGAAUCUAUGAUGAUGAGAUUUCUCAUUUGAACCCCCAGAGAUGGACAAGAAAGAGCAUAUUGCAAUUUUUACUACUGCUAGCCUUCCAUGGUUGACAGGAACCGCUGUGAACCCUUUGUUUCGUGCCGCGUAUCUCGCCAAAAGUGGGGAAAGAGAUGUCACUUUGGUGAUCCCUUGGUUAUCUCUGAAAGAUCAAAGACUAGUAUAUCCCAACAACAUUACAUUUGCUUCACCCUCAGAGCAUGAGAAGUAUAUCUGCCAGUGGCUAGAGGAGAGAGUUGGAUUUACAUCUGGUUUCAGCAUACAGUUUUAUCCAGGAAAGUUUUCUAGAGAUAAAAGGAGCAUUCUUGCUGUUGGGGAUAUUUCAGAGAUUAUCCCUGACAAAGUUGCAGAUAUUGCUGUUCUAGAGGAGCCCGAGCACUUGACGUGGUAUCACCAUGGGAAAAGAUGGAAGACUAAAUUCAGACUAGUUAUAGGGAUAAUUCAUACGAAUUAUUUGGAGUAUGUGAAGAGAGAGAAGAAUGGAGUCAUGCAAGCAUUUUUGCUGAAAUAUUUAAACAACUGGGUUGUUAGUAUAUAUUGUCACAAGGUAAUUAGAUUAUCUGCCGCCACCCAGGAUUACACUGGCUCCAUUAUCUGUAAUGUUCAUGGAGUUAAUCCGAAAUUCCUUGAGAUUGGCAAGAAAAAGAGGGAACAACAACAGAAGGGAGAACAUGCCUUUACCAAAGGUGCCUACUUUAUUGGGAAGAUGAUAUGGAGCAAAGGCUACAAGGAACUGCUCCAACUUCUUAAAGAUCAUGAAAAGGAAUUAUCUGCUCUUGAGGUUGAUUUAUUUGGCAGUGGAGAGGACUCAGAUGAAGUUCAAAAAGCUGCAGAAAAGUUGGAACUAGCAGUUAGAGUCCACCCAGCUCGUGAUCAUGCUGAUGCUCUAUUUCAUGAUUACAAAUUGUUUCUUAAUCCAAGCACAACAGAUGUGGUCUGCACAACAACUGCAGAAGCUUUAGCAAUGGGCAAAAUUGUUGUUUGUGCCAACCAUCCCUCAAAUGACUUUUUCAAGCAGUUCCCAAACUGUUGGACGUACGAUGACGAUGACGGAUUUGUUAAACUCAUACUCAAGGCACUGGCUGAACAACCUGCCCAGCCUACUGAUGCUCAGAGACAUGACCUAUCUUGGGAGGCCGCCACAAAACGGUUUCUUAAGGCCGCUGACUUAGACAAGCCGUUAGAGAGAAAAUUGUCAAGAACAACUUCAAACUUUCUGGCUGCCUCCUUAAAUUUGCAAGAGAAAGUACAUGAAGCAUCAGCAUAUGUGCAUCAUGUAGCUUCUGGGUUUGAAGUAUCAAGAAGAAUCUUUGGUGCCAUUCCUGAUAGCUUGCAGCCAGAUGAAGAGCUACGCAAGGAGCUUGGGUUGACUGAUGCUUCCACGAAAUAAGGUUAAAGAAAAAUGAUGUUGGAAUGCUGUGAUGUUAAUUAAAAUUUGUAGAGAUUCUAUCUUCUAUACAUAUAUAACUAAUUAGUUACCCUUGCAUUUGAACGGUUGUGCUUGUCUUUACCCAUGUUUACCUUUUAUUGUUGCUAUCUUCAACAUGUACAUCAUAGUGAUUAAAACAAUUCAUUAACUACUACACUAUGCUUAUUGCUACCUCCCGUUAA